AUGGAAAGCUCGGAACUGGUAAAACGACUUUCCUUAUUAGAAGAUAAAAAAAAACAAUUACUUGGAAGCAUUUACACCGCGAAUGAAUCAGGCUCAUACACGACACAGGAAGACAUACCGACAGAAAAACUCACACUUUACAAUAUGGUCAACGCCGAAGAUACAAUCUCUGAAACUAUUUCUUGGAAUGUUUUCGACAUUCGAGUACAUCACCUCGAGAAAAGUGUUUACGGGUUUGAUCCUGUGACAAAGAAAGCUGUACAACAUGUGGCGACGACAAAAACAACCACCGACAAUGAAAACGAUAUUGUAAAAGAAGUUGACAAUUUAAAGGAAACUGACAAUGUAAAGAGAACUAACAAUGAAACGAAAACACAUCAAGAUAAAUUAAAAGAAACAUUGUCAUUGUUAAGACGAGUUGACGAAGUCAAGAAACAGUUUCAGACUAUUAUACGAGAGAGAGAUGGCUUGAAAUCGUUCCUUGAGCAAUAUGACCAGGUAUCGGAAUAUGUUUCACCAUUUAAAGAUGCUGUAGAUAUGGAACGAGCGAUUCUAACAACUGAGGCAAAAGCUGAGAUAAUUAUAGCAUCAGAGGAAGAAUUAUAUGGAGUAGCAGAGAAUUUAAAACAAAUUGAAGAGUUGCAAGGAAUAAUUGAUUCGGAAGAAUUUAAAGGUCUUGAUAGACUCUUUCCGCUACUUACUCCAAUCGAAGCAAACCACGUUAAUCAAGCUGCACGAACAAACGAAGUUUCUACACGAAUAACACAUUUAUUGGACAGAUAUAAUAGAAUUAUAAACACACUUUCAGAGAUUUUUAUCGCCUGGGAUAGUAUCUUGACUAUCAUUGAUAUGGAAAUAUCUGCUCUUGAAAGAAAGGCUCGCGAAUAA